AUGGAGUAUUUGGUUGGAGGUGAUGUCAAGUCUCUUUUACAUAAUCUAGGAUAUUUUGAUGAAGACAUGGCAAGAAUGUACACUGCACAAGUAAUAGUAGCUUUGUCAUAUUUACACAGCCAUGGAAUAAUACACAGGGAYUUAAAACCUGACAACAUGUUGAUAUCAAAUGAAGGCAAAAUCAAGCUGACUGACUUUGGACUCUCCAGUUUAAGCAGAGAUAAGCCAAGUUUUCUUGAUGUGAUGAGUACUCCAUGUGUAGACACUGCCCAAUCCAGAGCCAGAACGUACUUCAGAACACCAGGACAGAUUCUCUCCYUAACUACUGACUUCACCUUUUCUCUCCCGAGGUCUGCGAAACCAGGGCAGCGUCUACGUGUUAAUAGCGUAAGCUCAUCGAUGGUGUCGCAGCGCACUGAACACAUGGAUAGCUAUAUAUUUAGCCCACCAGAACCCAAACAAACACGUGCUAAGAGUUUUUGCCAAUCAUUGAUUAUGGCUUCACCCAGACCUACCGAGGAAUUCAAACCUACUCAAGAAAUGACGCCUCUUACUGGUGSACCUGUAAUAAAACGAACUCAGUUCAAUUCGAAAGUCAGCCAACGAAUGUUUCACCCUGCAUCAAGCGAUUCAGACGAGGAUUCUCCUGRUAAUAACAAAAACACUCAUCAUYUAUCACCGGACGAUGAACACAAUCUCCCGGACUGUAAAAAACGCCGCGUAUCUAGUACUGGACUAACACGCGUCUUAGAGGGGAUGGAUUUUCGACAGAGAAGUGGCUCAUUCAUGGAUAGUUUUGAUUCCCAUACUUCUAAUGUACCAAUCACAACGAAUAUAGACAGUUUGAAUACUGGAACUUGUCAGGACACUGAUGUUGAAUUACAUCACGAGCUUUCUGGUUCAGUAUUUAGCGCAGAAAAAUCACGUUUAUCUAUGUCUCCACUGAGCUCUACUAGAUUACCAGUCACUCCCGCUAGCCAAAAUUGUCGUUCAUCWGGUUAUGGGAGCUCUGAAAUGGCAUCAUGUGACAGAGAAAACCAGAAUUUGUUUCAAAAUCAAAUGGAAWCCAAUCKUAGAGAUAGCUUUCUUGGCAAAGAGAACUAUCCUUUGAACUUUUUGGAAUCUAAGAAAUGUUUAAAAGAUGCACAAGAUGUCGAAACAUGCGAGACAGUUGAACAUGGUUCGCCUUUACCUAUGGAGUUUGCAAGUAUCAAAAAUACUCCAAAACCUAUGGAUACGUCAUAUAAUCAUAUUCAUCGRACCCCAGGAAUGGCCAGGAAAACACCCUACAGAACCCCAAAAUCAUGCAGACGAGCACCCCCUGCACCGAGAAAUAGAAUACUGGGAACACCUGAUUACUUGGCUCCAGAGAUAUUGAUGGGCUUGGCUCACACUCCUGCUGUAGACUGGUGGGCUGUCGGCGUUUGUCUCUAUGAAUUCCUCACAGGUGUUCCACCAUUCAACGAUGAAACACCAGAGCUGGUUUUCAAUCAUAUCAAGAAUAGAGAACUUAUUUGGCCCGAAGGCGAAGAAGCACUCACUCCAAGUGCAGUAGACUGUAUUGAUAAGAUAUUAACAGUACCAUAUGAGAUGAGACCAGGAGCUCAAGACAUAMAGGAACAUUCAUUCUUCAAUUGUCUUGACUGGGAUAAUCUUGAUCAACACCCUGCUCCAUUCGUUCCCAACCCAGAUGAUGCAUACGACACCACCUACUUUGACGCCAAGAAUAACAUACAGAAUCUGAAACUAUCAUCAUUCUAUCAUCAAGACCUCUAA